CGCGGGGGCGCUGUGCCGGGGAGCGCUGUUCCUCGCGGCGCUGUGGCCCGCAGCCGAGCAGCAGCAGCGGGAACGGCCACGGCGGCGCGCGCGCCCGGCCGCCCCUCGCUGGAGGUGAGCCCUCGCCCCCGCGCCCUCACCCCGCUCCACCGUCGCUCGCUUGCAGUCCGAGGGCUUCCCUUCCCACCCCCAUCCCGGGGUGCUCGCUCCCUCGGGUGCCUCGGGGUACCGGGUUUCUUCCCGCCGAGGUUGCUCUUUCGCGUCUUUGCUGCAAAGGUCUGGGGCUCAGCUUGGGCUGUUGUGCGAAGUAGAGCGGACUGCUACUGGAUUUCCCGGUCCCCGCGCCUUGCCUCAUCCCGGAGACGCCGCACCUAAGAGGGCGAGGGAUCUUUUGGAUUUCCGCAUAUAGCGAGUUGCGGAGCCUGCGUUUCCGAAGCUGCCUAGUUUUUUAUCAAAGGACAUGGAGGAAAAUGAAAGCAACCAGCCCCUGAUGACAAGCAGCCAAUAUCCUAAAGAAGUAGUAAGAAAACGCCAGAAUUCAGCACGGAAUUCUGGAGGAAGUGAUUCUUCUAGGUUUUCCAGGAAAAGCUUCAAACUGGAUUACAGAUUAGAGGAAGAUGUAACUAAAUCAAAGAAAGGAAAGGAUGGGAGAUUUGUUAACCCUUGGCCAACUUGGAAAAAUCCCUCUAUUCCAAAUGCCCUCAGAUGGUUGAUAAUGGAAAAAGAUCACAGCAAUGUUCCACGGUCCAAAGAGGAACUUGAUAAAGAACUCCCAGUACUUAAACCCUAUUUUAUCGGUGACCCUGAAGAAGCUGGAGUGAAGGAAGCUGGCUUAAGAGUCACAUGGCUGGGACAUGCAACAGUAAUGGUAGAGAUGGAUGAGCUCAUAUUUCUCACGGAUCCCAUUUUUAGCCAUCGUGCUUCACCGUCGCAGUAUGUGGGUCCGAAACGCUUUCGUCGUCCUCCAUGCACAAUAAGCGAGCUGCCCCCAAUAGAUGCAGUCCUUAUAAGUCACAACCACUAUGACCACCUGGACUACAAUUCUGUCAUUGCUCUGAAUGAGCGAUUCGGUAAUGAGUUGAGAUGGUUUGUGCCUUUGGGUCUCCUCGACUGGAUGCAAAAGUGCGGCUGUGAGAAUGUGAUUGAGCUGGACUGGUGGGAGGAGAAUUGUGUCCCCAGACAUGAUAAGGUCACCUUUGUCUUUACACCGUCCCAGCACUGGUGUAAGAGGACUCUAAUGGAUGACAAUAAGGUUCUGUGGGGUAGCUGGUCUGUCUUGGGGCCUUGGAAUAGAUUCUUUUUUGCAGGAGAUACUGGUUAUUGCCCUGCUUUUGAAGAGAUAGGAAAAAGAUUUGGACCUUUUGACCUUGCAGCUAUUCCUGUUGGAGCUUAUGAACCCAGGUGGUUUAUGAAAUGGCAGCACAUAGACCCAGAAGAAGCUGUAAGGAUUCACAUUGAUGUUCAAGCAAAGAAAUCUGUGGCAAUUCACUGGGGAACUUUUGUUUUAGCAAAUGAGCAUUACUUAGACCCUCCAGUGAAACUGCGUGAAGCUCUAGGAAGAUAUGGACUUACGACUGAAGAUUUUUUUGUCUUGAAGCAUGGAGAAUCAAGAUACCUCAAUAGUGAUGAUAAAAACGUUGAAGAUAUAUGAGCACAAAGGCUUUAAAUGAAAAAGGCUUUCUCUAAUUUGAAUUUGAAAAGCAAAUGAAAAAACUAAGAAGUUCAUCAAUAUUAUGAGUUUUUAUAUUUGAAACAACUUCUGCAAGUUUGUGUUUUAAGUCUUGUGUAAUAACUUGCUUACUAAUAGGAUUGCCAGUUAAUAUAAAUGAUGAAAGAAGGUAGGUGGGUCAUUUAAGUAGUGACUUAGUGGAUGUGGAUUUUACAUCUCGUUUCCAUGGUAUAAGCACAGAAAUUUCUUUACUAGAGCAUUCUACAAUAACAGUAGGAUUUUCUGAGGAAAUGAAAAACUGAUUUUAAAGACUCACUGCUAUUCUAUUCUUCGGGGCCUUGCACGAGGUGAGUCAAGACUGUCUACUUACCUAUUUUUUCUUUUCAGAGGCCUGCGUUUGAAUAUAAAUAUAUUUCUUAUAUUCACAUUAUAGUAAUUGACUCCCACAUUCAUACAGACAUAGCAGUCCUUGCUCUGUGAAGAUCAGCAUAUAUCCCAGAUGUUAAGUAUUUUUUUUUUAAGCAUGAAAAACAUAGGAGUUUGGGCUAGUUACCAUUUAUGAGGCCUGCAUUUUUUUUUUUUUUGUAAGAGGAGAACUGUCUAUUCUAGUGCAUGUCUACAGUCCCCAAAUUAAAAGCCCUCUGAGUUGUGCAAAGCAAAGGAGAGUAUGGUUUUGAGAACAAUAUGAAUUUUUCUAUUUUAAUCUAAAAGGUAUACCUUCUAAGCACAAAUGUAGCUAAAGGGAAAUAAUUAUUUUACAAUAUAAAUGCAAGUCUUAAAUGUUAAUAGACUAUAUACUUUGAAUUUUCUCUUCAUUUUUUUCUACACACAUAUUUUUCUGCUUUCUUGAGUAUAAUUCUAAAGAUACCAAUAAAACUUAUUUUAUAAAUAUUUUAUGUUUUACAUGAUUCAGAUGUCUUAUAUUUUUAUAUUAAAUGAUCCCUGAGCACAGCUCUACCUUUUAUUAGCUAGCAUGGAAUAGUGGUUAAAAAAAAAAAAAAAAGAUGUUGAUUCUAUGAGUCAGCUGACCUGAAUUUUUGCCCUAAUAAUAGAUGAUUGGUAUUCACUUGAUUAAUCUGAAUGUUCCUAAAUGUGGGAGCUUGAUUAUGUAAUGUUAGAGGCCCAUUCUCUCUUCCUGAUUGAUUGUAUCAGUGAAAUAAUCCUUAUUCACACAAAGUAAUUAGAUUUUCUACACCAAAUGCUAUGCAGGCGGUGCUCUGUAACUUGAUAUCUUUACACACACACACACACACACACACACACAGCAUGUUCCAUGUUAGCCACUAAAUCUGAAUUUUAAUCCUGCUUUUAUCAUGGAUUUUCUGUGUAACCUAAAAGAAUUCACCUAUGCUCACCGUGCCUCAGUUUCCUCAUAUGCACCAAGAGGAUAAUUUCGACCUACCUCCAGAGAUUGUGAAGAAUAAAUAAUACAGUGAUUUUUUAAAAGCAUUUUGAAAAUAUAAGGGGGAAAAUGAUUCCUUAAGAUUAUACUGCCUGUAUAUAGAUAGGUACAUUUGAAAACUGAAAACAGGCUGAUGCUUUUGAUAAUCUAUUGUUCCUGUUGCAAAUUAAGCAUAUGUACAUAUUAGGACACUGAACAUUGAAGAUUAAUAACUUUAUCUCACUCACUUUGUACAGUCAUAUAUAAAUGGUCUUUAUCAAAAUUUAGUAUUUUUAUCUACAAAGAUACAAAUCAGUUAAGGGUAAAUGUAUAUGUAAUGUGUAUGCAUAUAAUGUAUAAAUUAUAUGUAAGUGAUCUCUGGGCACUAAAGCACAAAAAUUUUCCCAUUAAAUAAAACAAACCUCCAGGAGAAAAACUGAACAGGCAUGAACUUUUUCACUCCAAGGAAACAUUUAGCAAACAUGAAUUGAGAUGUUAGGUAUAUGGUGAGUUGGCUCUAGGGUGUGUUGCCCUAAUACUAAUCAACAUUCUUGUAGUCAUUCUUGCUACUGCACAUGAACUGAAAAUUCAUCUCUUAACCUCUGCUCCAUAAGCAAGCCAAGUAUAUCUUGCUUAAGUACUUCUUCUCCUUAAUGGCCUUAACAUUUUCGUAUUCACAUGUACCUUUAACGGAGGGUCUUGAAGCACUUCAAUUUGUGUUCUAGUUCCACUUAAUCCGACCUGCUUCCUUUUUCUAGGCCUCCUCACAAGCUUUAAUUUUUAUUGCCAUUUACAUGUUCUUUCUAUAUUGACCUUUAAAACAAAGACUUUUUGGUCCAUAGCACAUCAAGCUUCAUCUCUCUUAAUGGAAUCUCCUCCUAUUGAGUAGUUACCCCAUUUCUCACUUGCAAUCUACAUUUCAAAGAGUUUAUAUGAAAAGCCAAAAUAAAUUUUGAAAAACAAAACAAAUUCAUUCUCUUCCCUUAAUUCUGUCUAAUAUGUAUUAUAAUACCUUUUAGUCUAAGUUCCAAGAAAAUUCCAUCUUUCUGAUUAGCCAGGAUCCACACCAAUGUGCAAGAUUUUAUUAGUUUCCCUUACUCCUUGUGUUAAUUGAGGACUAAUUUUUAUAUUCUCACUGCCCAAGAGGGUAGAGUCCAUCAACUAGGAGAAAUCAUAUCUAAUAAAAGCCAAGGUGUGCCAUGACCUACCUCAAUAAAUUAAGGGUCUAUUUGUGCAUUUUCACUAUAUAAUUUUUUCUGCGUAAAAAGUACUCCCCAGCAAUUUUACAUUUGGACUCAAUGCCCUAAUCUCUAGGAAAUGUGAUUAGUGAAUGAUUCCAUUCAAACUAAUGAUGAGGAGAGGAAACAGAGAUGGGGUUUUAGAAUCCAGUGCUGCUGAAGCACAUUGAAAUCAAAUUCUGUUUUUUAAUGUGUGCAUAUCUUAAAAGCACAUACUUUCAUUAAAUAUAGAUAUUUUUAAAAAUGGUUAUAGAGAAAUGUGCCUUUCAGUGAAUCAAGUGAAAUACUUAUGUUUGCAUCACCGAUUCCAAAAAAGUAUUAUUCUUAGUCAUCAUGUGUACAUUAGACUCUCUUCCACUGGAACUUCCAUUUUUCCUGUUACAUUUAACCUUUUUUCUAUAGUAAAAAUAUUCCUUCUUUAAGUUUGAUUUCUCUAUCAUGACAAUCUUGAAAGCAUACAUUUUCCUUUUUCAGGAUUUGUGAAUUCCUAUGGAAACAGUCUUGAAUCCAUGUAUUUAGGAAUGAAGUUUAAAGGACCUCAAAAGCACUGCCUUAAAUACACUAGUAGUAAAGUUUCUGUUUGCAUACAAUUUACUUAAUGCUAAGCAUGGUGGGGUUAUAAUUUGUCUAUUAUGAAACCUGAAUGAAUUCAAAUAUAUCAAUAAAUUGUUAUAGUAGCCUAUAAAUAAACUACUAUUUAAAAAGAUAGCUGAGAAAUUUUCAUAUAUUGUAAUUUUAGUCACGUAAAAUAUGAAUGAUAGUGAAUAAAAUAAAGUGCCAUCAAUUAAGGGAAGAGAAUAUGCAUAAACUUGUAAUUUUCUCUUUAUUUAAAAAAAGUUAUAAAAUGUAUGCUCAUAGUAAACAAUUUAAACAGUAGAAGAGGACAUCCCUAGAAAAGUGAUUUCUCCACUCCCCAGUCCCACUCCCAGGAGUUUGUGUAUCAUUCUAGAACUGUUUAUGCUUAUAUAUAUUUAUAAGCAUAAAUAUUUUUCAUUUAAAAAAACCACAAAUGAGAUCAAAUUAAACAUAUUCUACAACAUGCAUUUUAAAAACCAACCAUAUUUCAUGGAUGUCUUUCAACAUUAGCAAAUUCAGAUUGGCUUCAUUCUUUUUAUAAGGCCUGGGUAAUUGAUUUAACAAUUGCCUACAGAUGGGCAUUUUAAUGGAUCCCAGUAUUUUAGGUGUAACAUGUUUACAUACUGCUAAAUGGAAUGGGUGAGAAAUAGCAAACACUGUCUUCUAAAAAUUUACGUUUUUCAUUGACUAGAAAUUAUUAGAAUACAUUCUAAUGAUUCAAAUAGAUCUGGGAAAGCAGUGUGGCUGGGCUGACAGUGGCCUUGAGAGCUCAGGAUCUUUUCACUACUAAAAGAACAGCCAUGCCUAUGGCAGUUCUAAAACAACAAAUUAGUCACACACUAGUGCCCUCUCAGAGGGGUAACUGCAAAUCACUUCAGAUAGCAGAAGGGUAGCUUACACGUAAAAAGAUCACUGUCACUUUAUGUAGAGAAAAUAACAAUAUAUCAACCUGGACCGCAAAAUCAAGAAAAUGUUUUCAUUGUAAGUUCUCAUAUUUGGUAGGAAUAAAAGGAUCCAAAAAACAAAAAACAAAAAAAACAAACCUUGAAGACCAUGGUAAAGUUAUAACUGUGUUAAUGAUGAAACAUG